CCCAUUUAAGGCCCAGCCCGGGGCGCCCGGGCCAGAGCGGCCGCGCAGCCCGCCAUGGGGGACACCUUCAUCCGCCACAUCGCCCUCCUGGGCUUCGAGAAGCGCUACGUCCCCAGCCAGCACUACGUGUACAUGUUCCUGGUGAAGUGGCAGGACCUGUCCGAGAAGCUGGUCUACCGGCGGUUCACCGAGAUCUAUGAGUUCCAUAAAACCUUAAAGGAAAUGUUUCCUAUUGAGGCGGGGGACAUCAACCCAGAGAACAGGAUCAUCCCCCAUCUGCCAGCACCGAGGUGGUUUGACGGGCAGCGGGCAGCCGAGAACCGCCAGGGCACGCUCACCGAGUACUGCAAUGCACUCAUGGGCCUGCCGGUCAAGAUCUCCCGCUGCCCACUACUCCUUGACUUCUUCAAGGUGCGCCCCGACGACCUCAAGCUCCCCACCGACAGCCAGGUGAAAAAGCCGGAGACCUACCUGGUGCCUAAAGAUGGCAAGACCAACGCUGCCGCUGCCGACAUCACCGGCCCCAUCAUCCUGCAGACGUACCGGGCCAUUGCUGACUACGAGAAGAGCUCGGGCACCGAGAUGGCUCUGGCCAUGGGCGACGUGGUGGACGUCGUGGAGAAGGGCGAGAGCGGCUGGUGGUUCUGCCAAAUGAAGACCAAGCGAGGCUGGGUCCCAGCUUCCUACUUGGAGCCCCUGGACAGUCCUGAUGAGACAGAGGACCCAGAGCCCAACUACGCAGGUGAGCCCUACGUCACCAUCAAAGCCUACACUGCUGUAGAGGAAGACGAGAUAUCCCUCCAGGAGGGCGAAACCAUCGAGGUCAUUCAUAAGCUCUUGGACGGCUGGUGGGUCAUCAGGAAAGAAGACGCCACAGGCCACUUCCCGGCCAUUUACCUGCAGAAGGCGGGGCAGGACAUAGCUCAGGCCCAGCGCCAGAUCAAGAGCCGAGGGGCGCCGCCCCGCCGGACUGGGCCGGCGGUGCCCCCGCGGCCCAGCGCAGACCUCAUCCUGCACCGCUGCAGCGACAGCACGAAGCGGAAGCUGGCGUCCCCUGUCUGAGGCCGGGCUCCACCCUCGAUGGCACUCUGUGCCCUCCGCCGGGAUCCCUGUCUCUAUGUGAUGAGAGCCCGAGGUCUGGUUACCUAAGGCACUCCGGGCCCCGCCCCACCUCGCUCUCCGCCACCCUCAAUAAAUGUUGCUUAGAGUGGA